AUGUUGAAAAUUGAUAUUCAAAAAAAUAAUAAAAGAGCUUCUGGAAUUAAGAGUCUUCAAGAUGGUAGCUCAAUAAUUCCAUCGUCUGUACGCCCCGAUGGAUCAAUUAGAAGCGAAAGAAAAGUUCGGCCAGGAUACGUUCCUCCCGAAGAUAUAUCUGUAUAUAGAGCAGUGCAUUAUGAUGGAUCUUGUCAGAGAAUGAGUUGUAAUCAACUUGGGGCUCAUGGAUAUCGUCCUCCUGGAGCAAUGGUUUCCUCUAAUUUAAGCAAGAGUGCAAAAAAAAGGGCAAAAAGGAAGGAAAAAUUUCAGAAUUCAAAGGAUGAUACUGAAUGUUCUGAAUCAAAGACUAAGGACUGUCACUCGAUUAUUGAUGAUAUUGAAAAGUGCAUGAGAAAUUUCAAGAUUAAAGAAACAAAAAAUUGA